AUAAUUACACAAAUUCAGAGUGCACCAGUCCUAACUGGACUCUGAACGAAGUUUCACAAAACCGUGUCGAUUCAUUCGCAAUAAAACAUAUUCCAAAUGUUUAAUAUCACUGAUACGUGCCCCUACACUAACUGGGUCACAACUGCGAGAAAGUCAUGUACUGACCCCGAUAGAUACCACUGCUUGAAGGAUGAGUAUUCUCGUCUGGGCUGGAUAUGCGCGGAUCCAAUAUGGGUGGAGGCCGGCAGAUGCCCAGAAUUUAAUUCAGUGGCUAAAAAGAUGGAUACCAUUCCAUGUAGCGGAGGCGAUUGCCCUGAUUCAAAUUAUCAAUCAACAUUAUCUCAUAUUUAUCAGGCAUGUCGGUCAGAAGAAAUUAAAAUGACCACAUCACCAACAUCAACCCUGCUAACACCAGAAGCAAAAGCUGAUGACGAUUCUGUUGGAAUGAUAAUCGGCAUCACAGCGGUUGUAGUCCUUGUUAUCAUCUCUGCUGUUCUCGCGGUUCUUUUCAAAAGAAGGAAGCAACAGCGAAGUGACAGUGGAGACCCCGAAGAAGGCUUGGUGAUGUUGGAUAUACCAGAAGCUAGUGAUUUGAGGUCUUAUCCUCGAGCUCUACGCGCACUUCGCACUGAGAGAUUUGUCGUCAUAUCCGGGAUUCAAGGAGCAGGCAAAACAUUUUUAGCAAAACGAUUGUGUGAAGAAGGGAUACAAACCAAUUGUCACUGGAUAACGAAACCGGAUGAUUUUUCAGCCAAUCCUGAGUACGAAGGGUAUUUUGUUGUUGAUGACGUAUUUCAUGAGCUACAAACAGAAGACGGAGUUCGAGAUAUAAAGUCCAAAUUAGAUGAUUUAUAUGAAAAUGUCGUAGUUAAAGGUCGUGGGUCUAUCAUACUCUCCAUUACUAGUCUGAUUAGAAAGCGAUACAAUGUCCUCUUUGGAGAAAGAAAAUAUCAAAAUGUUGUUGAUCUUGAUGACCUUUGUGCAGAGGAUCGGGAGGACAUUUUACAGUACCAUAUGAAACUUAAUAAGAUUGCAAUGGAAAAUAAGCCUACGACUGAAAUGUCGCUCAUCAUGCGAGGGAAGGAUUAUGAAAGAGUUAUCUCAAUGGAACAGAAUGGGAUGGGGUAUCCGUCGGCAGUGGCUUUGUGCUGUAAAAUGGACAACCAGGAAGAAUUUAAUAAUUAUUGUGGAAGGGCAAUCAAAUCUCCUAUGGCGUGGUUACAUGAUGACUUGAAAAAACUGAUAAACUCUGAUGACAUUGAUAAAAAACGUGAUGCUAUUGCUUUAUCACAAAUCGCUUUACAAGGAGGUGAACUGGACAUAAAAAAUGUAAAUUGGGAAUUGAUGAACGCGUUACUGGAACUUGAAAAUGUCCCGCCUGCAGAAGAUUCGAAUUUGGAACAAACAUUAAGUAAUCUGAAAAGAAAAUUCGUUGAGGAAAAUGAAAGUGUUUAUAAAUUUCAAAUCCCAAUUGUUAUGAAAGUGUUGUUUAAGACCAUUUGUGAAAAGCAUUCUAAACUUUUCGAUAUUUGUGGAAACCAUUUGACGGAACGGCGUGUGUGUAACAUAGAAUCAUUUCCAGUUGACAUCACAGGAGAAUAUGCAAAAUCAUUUCUGAAGCGACAUUGAAUUAAAUGUAAAGAAAUAGGUGCCCUAACUGUCUAAUUUGGUGUAUGAUAAAUAACAGAUUUAAAUGCAAAUUCUAUAUUACGUUUAUUUAUGAAUCAUGGAUUUACCACAUGCAACAUUACAAGGAGAUGCUUUUCCCGCUAUUUUCUUCCAACUAAUCCAAAACCUCCAUAUUUACUGUAAGCUGUUCGUCUUCUUGGUUAAAUUGAUGUUAAUUUUCAUAUAUCAAUGUUGCGACUGUUGGAAAUCAACCUGUAAGUGUUUCCUGUAGUAAUUCAAAUGGCGUUUACAUUUUAUCUUUUGGAUUUAUCAGGAAAUAUUUUCGAUAAGUUUGCAUCUCCUGUCCAUUACAAUGGCAUCAGGUAAACGGCUGUUUCAAUACGUUUUCUAGGUAUUACCCAUGGUUUUGCAUAUAUAAAUGUUAUGUCCUUUGCAUAUUCCAAUCUGUCGAUGAUAACUUGCAUAUUCUUGACUUAAUACAUUUUUACGUUGGCAUAUUUAUGCCUCCUAUUUGCAAGUUAUCUUUUUAUAGAUUAUGUCUACCUGCAAGAUAAUUAUGUCAACAUGCAACAUAAAUAUUUCAACAUGCAAGAAAAAUAUAAUCAGAUAAGAAUUUGGAAAAUUUAAAAUAAAAUAUCGUAUAUCACCCAUAUGUGACUUCAAACAUGCUAGAUGCAACUUAUGUAUGUUAACAUGCAGCCUAUUUAUGUCAAAAUGCAACUUAUUCAUGUCGACAUGCGAGAUGAAUAUGUGCACAUGAAAGAACCAGAGCCACGAAUAGCCAAAAAUGGCCCUUAGUCAGAACAUGAUAUUAUUCUCGGGGACAGAAGCCAAGAAUAUCUAUUAUACAAAUAUGUUAUCCUUUUUUUCGAUAUCUUUUCAUUUUGUUUAGCUAUUGACGUUCAAAGUACCCAUUGUUUUGGCCAGAUUGUUAUUGACGUUGCAAUUUUGCAAUGUAAGGUCACAAUUUUACAACGUUUCAAGUACUUUUACGUGAAAGUUCUCUAGGUAUAAAAGUGAAACAAAACACUAUUCAGUGCAAUUUAAUUAUAAUAUUGUAAAUAUUUAAAUCUGUCUAUGUUAAUUCUAUAUUAAAACACACACCUAUAUCGUAUAUUCGUACAUCUCUUUCUCCUCUCUCUGUUUGUCUCCUUUCCUCCCUUUAUAUUUUUAAAAUUUUUAUAUAUGCAACCAUUUAACAGUUUUAAAGUAAUAUUAAUUCAGUACCUCUUUACUUAGCUUUGUUAUUUAAGUAUGACAUAAAGAUAAACCCAAUUCCAAUAUUUUAACUGUAUAACCAUUUAUUGCACAUACCGAUAAAAAAUUUAGGGGGGGGGGGGGGGGGGCAUCUUAAAAUGUACACGAAAACACGGUGGAUCCAACCGUUGACUUCCGAAUAAGAUCUAUUGACCUAUGUAUAUGCCUUUCAAUAUUACAUUUAGUUUAUGUUGCAUAUUGAUCACUUCUUUUAACAAUCUUUUAUAAGUUUGCGGGUUUUUAUUUUUAUUAUUUGUUUGGGGGUGUUAUUAUCCCGCAUGUACAUGUACACACGCCGAAAUCAGUAAUAGCCAGACUUUGGACAUCGGCGUUAUUUCAGACGCACUUUGCUACAUGUACAACUUUGGACAGUGAGUAAACAUUUUAAUCCUA